GCCAGAGUGCCACAGGCGGUUGUGUCUGCUCCUGUGGUAGCACGCUCAGUAAGUUCUGCCCUGGAGCUUUCAAGGAGAAAGCCCCGCCGACCGGAUACACCUUUUCGGCUGCCGACAUCGAUUAAGUGAUUGGGCUGCCCCACUGUCGAUGGCAGACGCCGAUAAAAAUGACGAUCCGACCACAAAAGCGAAUGCGUGCCAGCGGCGCUGCUGCCCCGCCCCCUCCUUCAAAAACCCUGAGGUCCUGGGGUUUAUGUGGGACCGCAUCGGCGCCACCGUGUUAUUUAUCACCAUCCUCACGGUGCUGCCGGGCUUAACGGUGCUGGCGCGACGGGAAGGCGGCUGCUACAAGUACGACUGCCCCUAUGCCAACGAAGAUGAUGACGAUUUGUGUGAUUUUAUGGGUGGCGACCGCGAGCGCGGGCGCUGGUACUGCAAGGACCCAGGCGACGUGCGGCACCCGCAGGACAAGCUCUGCGCGAAGGAUCCACAGUGCAAGGUCUACGGGCUGUCGCCGGCGUCGACGAUCCCAUUCGUCGCGACGGUGUCAGGCUUGUGCUGCGCGGUACUGAUGCCGCUCGUCGGCGCCUUUGUCGACCACUCGCCGAAGCGCUGGGAGGCCCUUGUCGCGACGGCGGCACUGCUUAUUGCGGCGAACGCGUUGCAGAUCUCGCUCGGGCCCCGGACCUGGUUCGCCGCGGGCCUGAUCCAGGCCACGGUCGGCGCGGGCAGCUACAUGGCGCACCAGGCGUGUCUCUUCGCAUAUAUUCCGGAGAUGGUCGCCGACCCGAGUGAGGUGCCGAGCGUGACGGGCGUGCUUAAGGCCUGGGAGUCGCUCGCGAUUAUCCUCUACUUGGUUAUAGUUGGAGCCGGCGUCGGGCCCCUCUUCACCCGCGAGGGGCCGUCGGGCGAGGUCGAUCUGGCCCGCGUCGGUCAGGUCGUGGCUGUCGUCGUCGGGGCGCCGUUGAUGGUCCUCGGAAUGUUCCGCUACCUAGGCCGUAGGCCGGCGCUCCAGGAACUGCCUGAGGGCCGGAGCCUCUGGUCUAUCGGGUUCUACCGCGUCGCCGCCACCGUAAAGACGCUCCGCACAGAAUUCAGAACGCUCGGCUGCUUCUAUCUCGGCUACGCCUUCUGGGAGAGCGCGAACACCGCCGUCGUAUCCUUGACCGGAGCAUACGUAUUGGAGCAGCUCGGCAUGGACGCGGGCGACUUCAUUAUCAUUGCCCUCCUAUUUGUGCUGUGCGCGAUUCCAGGGGCGAUAACGUCGAUCAAGAUCGCCGACAAAGAGUGGCUCUCGCUGAAGGCUUCUGUGGCUGGAGCCCUGGUCUUGUCGAGCGUAUGUCUUUGCUGCGUGUCCGCGUUUGUGUACUCGUCAGGUACGGGCCCGUACGUCUUCGCCAUCGUGCCCUUCCUGGGCUUCGCCAACGGCUGGGUCUACCCGGCGCAACGGAAUUUACUGGUCGCAUUGAUACCCGGCGGGUGCGAGGCCGAGAUGAUGGGCUUCUUCCAGUUCAGUGCCAUGUCGCUCUCGUGGGCCCCGUCCCUGGUAUUCCUCGCCAUGGGUGAGACGACGGGGGAGUAUCGCGAAGCGAUUCUCGUCUGCCCGAUCUUCUGGCUCGGCGGGCUAGCGGUCCUCUACUUCUGCGUCGACGUCGACAAGGGCCUCGAAGAGGUCGAGGCGACGCUGGACAAGCGCUUCAAGUCCGGCGCCGCGGCCGCGCCCGCCGCCGCCCCCCAGGCGGCGCCGGAGAAGGCCUGACCACCACUUCCAAUUCAUCGACCCCAUCUUUUCGUUCGCACCCCGUAGUUCCGGCA